AGGAAUGCACAUGCUCGUGCCUUGCUGUGAGACCGAUUAAGCCGGUCAUCUGUCGCAUCUGCGGCUGCGGCUCCUCCGUCGAAUGACUCUGAACAACGCUAAAAGCCUCUGGAGGAGGUCGUUACGCCCCAGUAAACCAGAACUAUCCCGCAAUAUGGGCCAGGACAUACCCUCGUUGAGCACUGAGCCCAUCACUUUGGCAGUCAUUGGCUGCGGUCAGCGUGGCAAUGCAUACGCUUCCUAUGCACUGCAGGAACCUACCGCGUGCAAAGUCGUGGCCAUCGCAGAAAUUCGGCCCAAGACGCGUUCUCUGUUCGCCCAAGCUCAUUCAGUCGACAAGACUUUGGUCUUCAACAGCUGGCAGGAGCUACACCGGGCCUCUGCGGAGACCAUCAAGACCGUGGGCAAGCGUCUGGCCGACGCCGUGAUUAUCGCUGUUCAUGACCAGAUGCAUCUGGAAGUGGUACUCGCCUUUGCCGAGCAGGGCUAUCACAUUCUUUGCGAAAAGCCCAUGUCUACUAACAUGGACGACUGUAUUAAGAUGGAAGCUGCCGUUAAGAGGGCGGGCACCAUCUUUGGUAUGGGGCAUGUGCUGCGCUACUCGCCAUACAAUGCUGCUCUAACGCAGAUUAUUCGUGAUGGGGAUCUUGGACCGCUCAUAAAUGUGGUUCACGUUGAGCCUGUCGGCUACUACCACUUCGCUCACUCCUAUGUUCGCGGUCAUUGGGCUAAGGAGGAAGAUAGCUGUUUCUCUCUCAUGACUAAGAGCUGCCACGACAUUGAUAUCCUCUGUCACUGGCUGUCACCCAAUAUGCCAUCUCGUGUCUCAUCCUUCGGCUCCCUCCGCCAUUUCCGCAAACAGUCUAAGCCUCCCGCGGCUGGUACGGCGACACGGUGUCUGGAGUGUCCCUAUGAGAAGGAUUGCGCCUACAGCGCAAAGAAGAUAUACCUCGAUCGGGUUGCCAACGGCCAUAAGAGCUGGCCAGUCAGCCCCAUCGUAGACGGUGUCCCCGACAUCGAGAGCGUCGAAUAUGCCCUCCGCCACACGAAGUGGGGUCAGUGCGUGUACGAGUCCGACAACGACGUCUGCGACAACCAGGUUGUCAAUCUCGAGUUUGACAACGGCACGACCGCGUCCUUCACAAUGGUCGCGCAGACAUCGCUCAUCUGCCAACGGCAGUCGCGGCUGCACUUCGCUUUCGGGGAGAUCGUGGGCGACAUGACGGACUUCACUGUCACCGACUUCCGCAAGGGCCUUGUGAAGAAGUACUCGCCUAAGCUCGAGGGUGGCGGACAUGGAGGCGGCGACCUCGGUCUCAUUCGCACGUUUGUCGAGGCUGUCCGCACCGGCCGGCAAGAAAUCCUCGGCACAGAUGUCAGUGACGUCUUGAAGAGCCAUCUUACUGUCUUCGCCGCUGAGACCAGUCGGCGUGAGGGGCGGGUGGUGGACUGUGUCGCUUUCGAGAGAGGGGCCCGCGAGAAAGUUUCCGCAUAGUAUAGGUGAAGAAAUUGAGUUGGAUUGUCUGCGGGCGGAAUUGAUAGGAAUCUUCAUACAGCUUUUGGCGAGACUAAUUGUCGACGAAUAGAUUGCAGAAGAGAUGCCAGUAUGUACAUGAACUAAAUGAUGGGAAUAUACGGGACAGAUGCGCAAACAUGUUCACAAUGGAAAUGGUAAAAACACUAAUCUGAAAACUCGAGCUCUCUACGUAUACGCUCGCGCACCUCGCGUAGACCACCAGCUUCGGGACGCACCCUCUUGGGCGAGCGUGUGAGAAUCUCGUUCGCGCUCUCGUCCUUGCCACGAAUGCGCCCAGGGCUCGCGGGCAUCUUCGGUAACUUGCUUGGGCUGCCGUCCGCAGCAUCGGUGUUCUUGGACGCAGGCAUCUCGAGCCAUUCCUCGGUACCGACGUCAAUCUUACGGAGGAAGAACGGACAGAGCUCGACAAGCAGGUCCAGCGACUCGUAGGCCUCCGCGGACGAGAUAGGCACAGGCGAAGACUUCAUGAUCGCAGCAGCAACCUCAGAGGAUGGUAGCGCACGACGUUUGCGGCUGCUAGGCGUGGCGGUCACCGAGCCGACAGGGUUGGAGAAGAGCAUCCAGACGCUUUCAGCCACUCCGUUCAGUCGACCGAGCAAGCAUCGCCUGCGCAUCUCCUCCUGGUUCAGUUUGUUUAGCUGCGUCAUGCUCAUCUUCGGGGUCCGACCGCCAAUCGCAGGAAGAGCUUUCGUCGGCGACGUACUGGUACUCAUGGAGCGUUGGCGGAUACGUUCGUAAAGCGCCGCCCGACGCGAAGUGUUAGGAGUCUCGGGCGCAGUGACCGCAUCGGGUCCGCGUUGGUGCACCGGUGUUGAAGGGAUGGGGGAAGAAGUAGGCGGGGUGUCAGAGAAAGAGCUCGUCGGAGUACGAGCACUGCUCGGAGUAAGAAAACCGUCCACAUCCCGUAAUCCCCGAGUUGAUGGAGUCUGCGGGAAGGGGAUUAAGCCUUUAGCAGGAGACACGCUGCGGCUUGAAGGUGUCAUGGGGAACGGGGCGGAAUUCUUGGAAGUUGACGCGGUACGAUUUGAGGGUGUUGCUGGGAAGGGAGCGCCGAAGGCACCCGGGGUUCGCUUAACAGGUGACUUGGUCGGGGACUUCAGGAAGGGAGUAGGUGAAGUAGGUGUUGCAAGUAUGGCAGCGGCGGCGGGUGACUUAGGAGAGGAUGAGGCCAAAAGACGCGUCAAAGUAGAAGGUUGUUUCGCGACCGGCAGCGGUGGAAGGACAGCCAUAGGGAUCUGGGGAGCGUUGCUGGCAUCCUUGUGGAGCUACAGACAAGAAUAUGUCAGACAGUGGCCAAACAGUUAACGAAGCACAUACCGCCACCCAAGAUUCCAGUUUGCCACGGAAGUCCUUACGACGCUGCUCACUAGCAGCGGUCCAGCGUGCGACAGCCGCCAUUCCACCGCCCAUAUCUUUAUCGAUGUCCAUCUCAACUUCGAUGCCAAUUCCAUAAGCAGGGACGCGUGAGCCUUGGACUUUGGAAUAAUGCGUGCUCUGGCUCACAAUGAAGCCCAUGGCACCGCGCGUCCAAUCCUUUCGCGUAGGCUCGGUAGGCUUGGACCCCAGGAACGGGUUGUCAUCCUCUUCGUCGUUAUCCCUUUCCUUUCCCUUCGCGUUUCGCUUUGAAGGAGAUAAAACCUUCUCAAGGAAGGGAUUAUCAUCGUCGUCGUCAAGGGAAGCUCCGACCUUGCUCUUUGCAUGGGGCCUAGGCGAUGUGGAUUUCUCGACAAAUGGAUUCUCCUCAUCGUCAAGAGAAAUUGUACGCUUGCCCUUGACAGGAGACUUUGAAGACGAUGCAGAUCUUUCAGAUUCAUCGGCCAACGAGUCCUUAUGGUCUUCGGCGACCAGCGCUAUAGCGAUUGCCCUCGUCCUUGGCCUAAGGGCCCGCUGCGAUUGCCCCGCGGACGCGUCUCUCUGCCUCGUCGCACCCGGCAUUAUCCUGUUCUUCCCUUUCCCACUCUUUGGAUGGGUUUUGACAUGGAGUACACUGUCGUUAUCCGACGCAGCGGACGCGACCUGCGCGUCGGCAGCCGGCUUUUCCAAGAACGGGUUAUCGCCAUCUUCGUCCAACGAUUUCGGUUUUGACGCGUCGAAUACUGUUGGUAACGUCUUGCCAUCCCACUCCCAGAUCCAAAUAAGCCUCCUGAGGUCAUCGAUGUCGAACUUGGUCGUCAAUCCGGUGUAGGUGUUGAUUGAUAAAUGAUUCAGAACGUUGCGAACUAUGCCGGUCUCAGAUGAGGGGGACAUGGCACAUGUUGCAAGGGCAUGUGAAAGAGCGUGCUGCAGUGCGGUUUGAAUGGUGAGGAGCCGGGAGAGAUGUGAUGGCAGGGGUCUCGCGGUUGUCGCGUCAAACGGUCCCUUGCUGGCACCAGCCUUGCGUGAGACAGUAGAGGGAGGCGUAGUCGGCCUA